AUUGGACCAUCCAUCUCCUUAGCCUCACGCUUCAAGAUCAACCCCGUUACACUAUAAACGGCGGCUGAGUUUUCUUCUUGCUUCUCUUUAUUGCUUCUGCAAUGGCUUCUUCAGGUGCGGUGGGUUUUGUUGGGUUGGACGAUUUGAGUUUGGAGUUGGCUGCUUCUCUCAUUCGCUCCGGCUAUGCUGUUAAAGCCUUUGAGAUAUUUGGCCCUCUAAUGGAUGGGUUUUUGAAGUUGGGGGGAGUUAGAUGCACUACCCCUUUGGAGACAGGGAAAGAUGUUUCAGCUUUGGUCAUAUUGAUAUCGCACGCAGAUCAAAUAAAUAACAUAUUUUUCAGUGAUGAGGGUGCUUUAGGAGGGUUAGCCAAAAAUGCAGUGAUCAUUGUCCGUUCAACCAUAUUACCAGCGAAUAUACAGAAGCUUGAGAAGCGUCUUACAGACGAUGGUGAGGCAGCUUUUCUAGUUGAUAUAUAUGUCUCUAAGGGAAUGUCAGAUUCUUUGAAUGGAAAAGUCAUGAUCACUUCCUCAGGAAGGUCAGACGCUAUUGCAAGGGCACAGCCUAUCCUCUCUGCAAUGUGUGAAAAGCUUUACAUUUUUGAGGGUGAAGUGGGUGCUGGAAGUAAAAUUAAAAUGGUUAAUGGGCUGCUGGAGGGCAUUCAUCUUGUUGCUUCUGCAGAGGCCAUUGCUCUUGGUGUGCAGGCUGGGAUUCAUCCAUGGAUUAUCUAUGAUAUCAUUGCUAAUGCGGCUGGAAAUUCAUGGGUUUUCAAGAAUCAUGUUCCCCAAUUGUUAAGGGGUAAUCUUACCAAACAACAUUUCCUGAAUACUGCUGUCCAAAAUGUGGGGAGCAUAUUGGAUAUGGCUAAAUCACUUCCAUUUCCUCUUCCACUUUUGGCGGUUGCUCAUCAACAACUUAUUUCUGGUUCUUCAUAUGGUCAUGGACAUAAUGAUGCCACUUUGGUCAAGGUUUGGGAAAAAGUAUUUGGAGUGAAUCUCACUGCUGCAGCCAAUGCAGAAAUCUACAGCCCUCUGGAACUGGGAAGUCAAAUUACAGCCAAACCAAAGACUGUGAAACGUGUUGGUUUCAUUGGUCUCGGAGCAAUGGGGUUUGGGAUGGCAACAAGCCUUCUAAAAUCAAACUUCUGUGUUCUUGGUUUUGAUGUAUAUAAGCCAACACUAUCUCGAUUUGCCAAUGCUGGUGGGUUAGUUGGGGAGUCUCCAGCAGAAGUAUCCAAAGAUGUAGAUGUGCUUGUAAUCAUGGUCACAAAUGAAGCUCAAGCUGAAAGUGUUCUAUUUGGAGAUCUUGGUGCAGUAAAAGUCCUUCCACCUGGGGCAUCUAUUAUCCUUUCAUCCACUGUUUCUCCGGGAUUUGUGAUCCAGCUCGAGCGCCGAUUGAAAAAUGAAAACAAGAAUUUGAAAUUGGUGGAUGCUCCUGUUUCUGGUGGUGUCAAGAGGGCCUCCAUGGGAACCCUUACGAUAAUUGCUUCAGGAACAGAUGAAGCUCUUACAUCUGCUGGUUCAGUUCUAUCAGCACUAAGUGAGAAACUCUACAUUAUCAGGGGAGGUUGUGGGUCUGGAAGUGCUGUAAAGAUGGUCAAUCAACUGCUGGCGGGAGUACAUAUAGCAGCAUCAGCUGAGGCAAUGGCAAUUGGUGCUCGAUUGGGUCUUAAUACAAGAAAGUUGUUCGAUUUCAUCACAAAUAGUGGGGGAACAUCUUGGAUGUUUGAGAAUCGUACUCCUCACAUGUUGGAUAAUGACUAUACACCAUGCUCUGCCCUGGAUAUCUUUGUGAAGGAUUUGGGCAUUGUUUCUCAUGAGUGCUCAUCCUAUAAAGUUCCACUUCUUCUUUCUACUGUUGCACACCAACUUUUCCUGUCAGGUUCUGCUGCUGGUUGGGGUCGGUAUGAUGACGCUGCUGUGGUUAAGGUUUACGAAACUCUAACUGGUGUUAAAGUUGAAGGCAAGCUUCCUGUUGUUAAGAAAGAAGAAGCUCUCCAUUCUCUUCCACCUGAAUGGCCAUCAGAUCCCAUUGAUGACAUACGUACAUUGGAUCAAAGCAAUUUGAAAACUUUGAUUGUCCUGGAUGAUGAUCCAACUGGAACCCAGACUGUUCAUGAUACUGAAGUUUUAACGGAAUGGAACGUCGAACCUCUUGUUGAACAAUUCAGAAAAAGGCCCAAAUGCUUCUUCAUUUUGACUAAUUCCCGGGCAUUGACUCCAGAGAAGGCCACUGCAUUGAUUAAAGAUAUCUGCACAAACAUACGUAAUGCAGCGAACUCAGUGGGUAAUAUUGAUUAUACUGUUGUUCUAAGAGGAGAUUCAACAUUACGCGGUCAUUUUCCAGAGGAAGCAAAUGCAGCAGUUUCAGUACUGGGUGAGAUGGAUGCAUGGAUCAUAUGUCCAUUUUUCCUGCAAGGAGGCCGGUAUACUAUUGAUGACAUACACUAUGUUGCAGAUUCUGACCGUCUUGUUCCUGCAGGGGACACAGAGUUUGCUAAAGAUGCUUCUUUUGGCUAUAAAUCUUCAAACCUCCGUGAGUGGGUAGAGGAGAAAACAAUAGGUCGCAUACCAGCCAGCAGUGUUACGUCUAUUUCUAUCCAACUUUUAAGGAAAGGUGGACCUGAUGCUGUUUGCAUGCAUCUUUGUUCUUUGCAAAAGGGUUCAACAUGUAUAGUUAAUGCAACUAGUGAAAGAGACAUGGCUGUAUUUGCAGCUGGAAUGAUCCAGGCAGAAAGGAAGGGAAAGCAUUUCUUAUGCCGCACUGCUGCUAGUUUUGUUUCAGCUCGGAUUGGCAUUAUCCCGAAAGCUCCAAUUUUGCCAAAAGAUCUAGGAAUAAACAAAGAAAGGAACGGUGGACUCAUAGUUGUGGGGUCAUAUGUUCCAAAAACAACAAAACAGGUUGAAGAGCUUAAAUUACAAUGCGGUCAGAUCUUACGAAGCAUUGAGAUAUCUGUUGAUAAACUUGCCAUGAAGUCAUCAGAAGAGAGGGAGGAAGAAAUCAGUCGAGCUGCAGAGAUGGCAGAUGUUUUCCUCAGGGCUUCUAAAGACACUCUAAUAAUGACCAGUCGAGAGCUCAUUACAGGAAAAUCUCCUUCUGAGAGUUUGGAGAUCAAUUUCAAAGUGAGCUCUGCACUGGUGGAAAUUGUUAGGCGGAUAACUACAAGACCUCGAUAUAUCCUUGCAAAGGGUGGAAUCACAUCAUCUGACCUUGCUACAAAAGCUCUAGAAGCAAGACGUGCUAAAGUAGUUGGGCAAGCCCUUGCUGGUGUUCCCUUGUGGCAGCUAGGCCCCGAAAGUAGACAUCCAGGAGUUCCAUAUAUUGUUUUCCCAGGUAAUGUUGGUGACAGUAAAGCACUGGCAGAUGUAGUGAAAUCUUGGGUUCGUCCUGUUAGACUUUCAUCAACAAAGGGGCUUCUUCUUGAUGCAGAAAGGGGAGGAUAUGCUGUUGGAGCAUUCAAUGUUUAUAAUCUGGAAGGAGUUGAGGCAGUUGUUGCUGCUGCAGAGGAAGAACAAAGUCCUGCCAUUUUACAGAUCCAUCCUAGUGCUUUAAAACAAGGAGGAAUUCCCUUGGUCACAUGUUGUAUUGCUGCUGCUGCACAAGCUAGUGUUCCCAUUACUGUUCACUUUGAUCAUGGAAGUUCCAAGAGAGAGCUGGUGGAUGUUCUUGAGUUGGGAUUUGAUUCAGUUAUGGUAGAUGGUUCUCAUCUUCCCUUCAAGGACAAUAUCUCAUACACAAAAUACAUAUCACUCUUGGCGCACUCAAAAGAUAUGAUGGUGGAAGCUGAAUUAGGAAGAUUAUCAGGAACUGAAGAUGACUUGACCGUUGAAGAUUAUGAAGCAAAGCUGACUGAUGUUGAUCAGGCUCUAGAGUUCAUUGAUGAAACUGGUAUAGAUGCUUUGGCAGUUUGUAUCGGAAAUGUCCAUGGAAAAUACCCUGCAACUGGCCCAAAUCUCAGACUUGAUUUACUUAAGGAACUGCACAAUUUGUGCUCAAAGAAAGGAGUUCUUCUAGUUCUUCAUGGAGCUUCUGGGUUGUCAGAGAAACUCAUCAAGGAAUGCAUAGAACGAGGCGUGACAAAGUUCAAUGUGAACACAGAGGUGCGAAAGGCUUACAUGGAGUCACUGAGCAGCCCUGGGAAAGACUUAGUACAUGUUAUGUCAAAUGCAAAGGAAGCCAUGAAAGCUGUGGUUGCAGAGAAGAUGCAUCUGUUUGGUUCAGUUGGGAAAGCAUGACAAAAUUUUUGCAUUUCCCCCAAUAAUGAAAAUGAAACAUUUGAGUCAAUUUAUAAAUGACUCAUCCCACAAUCUGUCAUUUUCUCUUUUGUCCUUGGUAUACCUUGCCAUCUGAUUGACAAGGUUCAAUUUUCUUCAUUCCUUUGUUAAUAAUAUCCAUUAUUUAAGUUUUAUCAAUCAUCAGGGCUGCAAUUCUCUGUAAUUGCUCCUACUAGUGGAGGCUUUUUGUAGCAAACAGUUGGUUUCUAGAAGUGAUUAUGCAAUAAAGCAUCUAUGACUUGCUUUAAGGCUAUGUUUGGGA